UUGGCAUCGCAGUGUGUGUGUGCCAAUUCGGGGGUCCUCCCGGCGGUAGCUGGACUAAGUGCAGCAGCGGCCGGGGCAGGAGCCAGGGGCCGGGCGAGACAUGUCCCCGUUGGCCGCGGUGUGAGCAGUGACGAGCGGCGGGCAGAAUGGGCCGGCGCCGGGCGCCGGAGCUGUAUCGGGCCCCGUUCCCGUUGUACGCGCUCAAGGUGGACUCGAGCUCAGGGCUGCUCAUCGCUGCGGGCGGCGGGGGCGCGGCGAAGACCGGCAUAAAGAACGGCGUGCACUUUCUGCAACUAGAGCAGAUAAAUGGGCGCUUCAGCGCCUCCUUGCUACACUCGCAUGACACAGAGACACGGGCCACCAUGAACUUGGCACUGGCUGGUGAUAUCCUUGCUGCAGGGCAGGAUGCCCACUGUCGGCUCCUUCGCUUCAAGAUCCGUCAGCAGAAGGGCAACAAGAAGACUGAGAAGGCAGGUUCCAAGGACCAUGGACCUCGACAGAGGAAGGGGGCAGUAUCCGCAGAGCAGAAGUCUAGAGCAGAAGAAACCCACCCUGAGGGGUCAGAACUCAGUGUCGAGACUUUGAAGGCUGUGCAGACAGACUUCAGCACUGAUCAGUUGCAGAAAGUUGUAUGCUUCAACCAUGAUAACACCCUGCUUGCCACCGGAGGGUCAGAUGGCUUCGUUCGUGUGUGGCAGGUUCCUACUCUGAAGAAAGUUCUGGAGUUCAAAGCCCACGAAGGGCAGAUUGGGGACCUGGCUUUAGGGCCUGAUGGCAAGUUGGUAACCGUGGGCUGGGACCUUAAGGCCUCUGUUUGGCAAAAGGAUCAGCUGGUGACACAGCUGCACUGGCAAGAGAAUGGACCCACUUUUUCAAACGUGCUGUACCGCUACCAGGCCUGCAGGUUUGGGCAGGUUCCGGACCAGCCUACUAGGGUGCGACUCUUCACAGUGCAGAUUCCCCACCAGCGCCUCCGCCAGCCUCCACCUUGCUACCUCACAGCCUGGGAUGGUUCCACAUUCUUGCCCCUUCGGACCAAACCUUGUGGCAAUGAAGCCAUCUCCUGCUUCAGUGUCAGUGAGUCGGGCACCUUCCUAGGCCUGGGCACGGUCACUGGCUCUGUUGCUAUCUACAUAGCUUUCUCUCUCCAGCGCCUCUACUAUGUGAAGGAGUCCCAUGGCAUUCUGGUGACAGAUGUGGCCUUUCUACCUGAGAAAGGAUGUGGUCCAGAGCUCCUUGGGUCUAAUGAAACUGCCUUGUUCUCUGUGGCUGUGGAUAGUCGCUGCCAGCUGCACCUGCUACCCUCACGACGAAGUGUUCCUGUGUGGCUCCUGCUGCUGCUCUGUGUUGGGCUUAUUAUUGUGACCAUCCUCCUGCUCCAGAGUGCCUUUCCAGGCUUUCUUUAG